AACAGGUGUCUUCCUCUUUCAGACUCAGUCACAUUUUCGGGGGGUCCUGCCGUCCGUGCUGCGCACUCAACGCGCUUCGUUACUUUAUCUGACUUAAAAACUGCCCGGAAAUCACUUUAAUACACAACGACACACAAUGCACGCCGCACAGAAAGACACCACCUUCACCAAGAUCUUUGUGGGAGGGCUUCCUUAUCACACAACGGAUUCAAGUCUGAGAAAAUACUUCGAGGUGUUUGGAGACAUCGAAGAGGCCGUUGUUAUCACCGACCGGCAGACGGGCAAAUCCAGAGGUUAUGGAUUCGUGACCAUGGCAGACCGGGCCUCUGCUGACCGAGCCUGCAAAGACCCCAACCCCAUAAUUGAUGGAAGGAAAGCCAAUGUGAACCUGGCCUAUCUUGGGGCCAAGCCCAGGGUCAUUCAGCCAGGCUUUGCAUUUGGUGUGCCUCAGAUCCAUCCAGCAUUCAUCCAGAGACCUUACGGGAUCCCGGCCCACUAUGUCUUCCCUCAAGCCUUUGUCCAACCCAGUGUGGUGAUCCCUCACGUACAGCCUUCUGCUGCUACAGCAACAGCUGCUGCUGCCACUUCCCCAUACCUUGACUAUACUGGAGCAGCCUAUGCCCAAUACUCUGCAGCUGCUGCUACCGCUGCUGCAGCAGCAGCUGCUUAUGAGCAGUAUCCAUAUGCAGCCUCACCGGCACCAACAAGCUACAUGACUACAGCAGGGUAUGGAUACACGGUGCAGCAGCCACUUGCUACUGCUGCCACCCCUGGAGCUGCAGCUGCUGCUGCAGCCUUCAGUCAGUACCAACCUCAGCAGCUCCAGACAGAUCGCAUGCAGUAAGACUUUUAUGACUACCUUACAGAGAGAAAGGAAGGGGAAGGGAACUCUACCCAUGAAGAGGGGUGAAGUUAAGAGAUGCAGACACAUUGAGGCUGAAAAAAAUGGUUGUCGCUCCCAGGUUUUAACUUAGCAGAACCUCUACCAAAGAGUGUGAAGAAAAUGUUGAGACAAGUGAGGAAUGUAUAUUUUAUUCAAGUGAGAUCAGUAUUGGAUAUAAAUUAAUAUUUAAUAUUUAUUCAGCAGUAAAAUUUGUCAGGUUAACUGAAGUUGACUCACUGGACCUCAAGGCAACCGUUUUGUAUAUAUGUUGCAGUGGUGUUUUUAUAAAAAUCCAAAGUGCAUUCAUGUCUUAUGAUCAGAUUUCUUCCACACUACUUUAAAAACCAACGAUAACACCUGCAUUUAUACGACAACAGUAUGUUACAACAUCGUGCAGUUUUCAGUAUUGAAAUCAUUUCGGACCAUUUUUCUUUUUGUUUUGCAAAGCUAUCCAGACACUGAUGGAAACAUCAGUGUUUAUUAAGACUUCCUUUUUUUUUCUUUUUUUUUAAAUACAUAUAUAUAUAUAUAUAGAUGUGUUUGGAGUGAGAUAGAUUAGUGACCCUUGGGAAAAAAAAAAUCUCUUUAAAAAAUUAUUUUCUCUAUGGUACAUAAAACAAAAAGCUCUGUUGGCAGCUGGAGCUGGUAAAAGCACUCACAUUUCUUCCCCUUAAAUGACUCAUAUACGUUCAACUAAAGGGAAGAAACAUUGUUUAAUGUGAAUCUUUCAUUUUGAUAAAAUGUUUCAUCAUGUUAAAUUAUGCUAUUUAUGUAUUUAUUAUGGAGCCUUGUACCAAUAAACCUAUUGUUUUCAUAUGUUAGUAUAAAAGUCUACUGGAACAUAUCCAUGUGUGAUGCUGCAUGUGUCAUGAUCAAGAUGAUGAAUAUGAAUACGUGACUUAGCAAACCUGUCUGUAUAAAGAACAAAUGAUGAGUGGAAAGGUAGCAAUAACUUUAAAGUGUUUUUUUUCAUCCUAUUUUCUGUAGUUUUUAUGUUGUCUAAUAGAUUCAUAACUCUUUAAUGUCACUUUUGAUACUUGACUAAUUUGAUAAAUGACAGUAGGGCAACUAUUUUUAAAUUUAUCACAUUUUAGGUCUUUUGACAAUUAAAGGUUUUCUGAUGCAAGGGCAUCAGCUGUUGACCUUGUAAUG